AUGUUUGGCUUCCCAUCGGCCCCACCAUUCCUAAGGACCAGUUCGACAGCGCCUAAUAAUGUGAACACAAUGGCCGCGGCAGCUAUUGCUGGCUAUAGCCUGGGCUUCGAUGGCACCAUCGGUUGCCUCAUAUCUGAUCCCAAUUUAGAGGAUUACCAUAAAAUAGAGAUCGAAGUCAUAGGACCGACAAAUGCAGACAAUAACCAAACGUUUAAAGUAAACACCACUCGAUUGAGUCCAUCAUCAGGAAGUCGUGCCGUUACUAGUUAUGCAACGUUUGCCGCAUUUCUUAGCAAUGCCAAACACAAAGGAAAGGGAUUUCAUCUUUGCUGAGAAGACCGAGAAUUAUAUCUUUAAAGAAAAUUUAAUAAAACUAAAAAACAAAUCAAUUAUUAAAUAAUGAAAAUUAUAUUUUUUAUACUCCUUUCAGAGAUAAAAAUUAAUUCUCGAUUGUGUUGUAUUUAGUAAUAAAUUGUGUGAAUUAUAUGAG